AUGAUAUCUACUGGUAUAUUUUUAUUAGUGGCUUUAAGUCAUACAUGUGUCUCUAUUGACAUCACGUAUCCAGUGUUUGGAUAUUAUGUUCAAGGUCAACCUGCUGCAUUUGGAGAUUUUGAUUCUGAUGAACUUACAGAUAUGUUCGUCCUAAAAGAUCAAGGUCGAUCUAUUGAAAUUAUGUUUGGUUCCAAUGUUGAACCAUUUUUAAAGCCUGGUACACAAACCAAAUGCAAGUUUAAUAAACACCAAAUUACUUCAGUGGUGCCCGGAGAUUUCAAUGGAGAUGCUCUUAUGGAUCUAUUAGUUACUGUAAAAAAUAUAACAGCAUCAGGAGGAUUUUCUAAUUGGUUUAAAGGAAAUCAACAGAAUAAUGAUUUGGACGUACAUAUAUUGUGGGGAGGAUUAAAUGUUUUGGCAUGUCCAAAUGAAGAUAAACCUCUUUUCACUAUUGUUGAUCAACCUUUGGUUAUUAACUAUGAUACCAAUAUGAUUGUUGAUUUAUUUGGUGUCAAAAAAAUGUCAAAUGGUACAACACAAAGAAUGUUUUGGCUAUUCAAUUCAACUGGAAACUUUACAGAAAUGGCAAUGGAAAAUUAUAGUUCUGAACCAAUAAGAAUCCCUCAAUCACACGGAUUUGUAGACAUAGGUGGAGAUGUAGCACCUGAUUUAUAUUUAACAACUAUAAAAGGAUAUGAAGUGUGGCUUUCUGAUUCUGAAGCUGGUACAUUUAUUUAUAAUCAAACUAUCUCAUUUCCUGACAAUUUAAAGGUUUCAAAUGUUGGUCAAACUGCUUUCAUGGAUUUACAACUUAAAGGACGCAUGGAUCAUAUUGUGCCUGUUUGUUUUGAUACACAAUGUACCAAUAGCACUAUUUAUUUUUAUGAUUCAACUCGCUGGUAUAAUUUGGGCAUAAAUUUCCAUAAUGGUAACAGUGUUUGGGGAUUUGUACCACCAAUGCCUAAUGUACCAUACCUAGAAACAAUUACAGUGCGCCCUGGAGAUUUCAAUAUGGAUGGCUAUCCUGAUUUAUUAGGCACAUUAUGUCUUGGAGGCAAUAUAAAAAAAACAAAAGUAAUUUUAAUGGAAAAUGUUGCAUGUACGACAGGUUGUGAUGGAUUUGACAGAACGUUUGUUGUUCGGUGGGACUUACUUCAGGCAAUGAAUGGUGACAAUAAUAACAUUAUGGGCGCAUUUUAUGAUUUUUUUCAAAAUGGUAUAUUAGAUGUUUUGUUGGUUAGUGGAGGUAAUGGAGAGUAUAAUAUGUCAGCUUUUAAAAACAGUUUGGAUUAUGAUGCAAACUUUUUGAAAGUUAUGGUGGUUACUGGUCUAACAAAUAGCAAGUAUGAAAUGUUACCUAGUCGAUUAGGAAAAAAAUCUCGUACAUUUGGUACUAACUUGCCUGGACCAAAAGUUAGUUAUGUGACUACUACUCAAGAUGGAUAUCCACGUCAGGGUAUUGCUACACAGUUACCCCAGUCUGCGUAUUAUUCUCUUUAUUUGCCUUACACAAUAUUUGGACUUGGCCGUACUCCCAACUUUGUAGAUGAACUUACUGUUUCGGUUUUAAAUGAAACUCGUUCAUGGACACAAAUUAUCCCAAAUUCCCAAAUGGUUGUAAUUCCAAAUCCAAUAAAUGAUCCAAGUAGAUGGAAUGCUAAAUUGUUUGUGACACCAAGCCGUUUAAUAUUUCAAAGUGCAGCUGCGCUUGCAGGAACAUGCCUACUUAUUUUAGUUAUAAUUGGAGUGCUGUACUUUAAAGAACGUCAAGAAGAUCGUAUUGAAAAACGCCAGGAAGCACAUAAAUUUCAUUUUGAUGCUAUGUAAAAGUAUUCAAAUUUGUAAAAUUAUUUUUAUGUUUUGUUACUGUGAUUAUUAUUAUAUUCCUACUUUUAAUUAAACAAUGAAAAAAUA